AUGUUUUCAGAAAAAUUAGCCUUUUAUGUUAUGAAAUAGAUUAUGUCAUCAAUACUAUAUGAGCAUAAUCAAAGCAUUGUUCAUAAGGAUUUAAAAUAGAGUAUAAAUUAAUUAUAUAGAAUUCAUAUAUUAUUAUUAUAUAUUAAUAAAAUUAAUUAAUUUAGUGUAAAGCCCGAAAAUUUCUUACUUGAUAUAACUAAACAAAGCAAUUCCAAUGUUAAAGUUGUGGAUUGA